CUGAUUGGCCAUGGCUUCUACCGGCAGAUCUGGCCGAGUUGUUGCCAGUGCUAUAGGUGAAAUAGGCCUACUUGGAGAGCCUGAAAAAGAUGCUAACGCAUUGUUGAUGGACCUUGAUAAAGGUCUGAGGUCGGUAAAAGUAGGGGAACAAUGUGAAUCAAUCAUCAGGUUCCCAAGACUAUUUGAGAAAUAUCCAUUUCCCAUCCUCAUCAAUUCUGCAUUCCUAAAGCUUGGAGAUGUCUUUAGAUUUGGGACCAAUUUUCUUCGGCUUUGCAUUCUCAAAGUCACCCAGCAGAGUGAAAAGCAUCUUGAGAAAGUCAUUAAUGUGGAUGAAUUCAUUCGGAGGAUAUUCUCGGUCAUUCACAGCAAUGAUCCAAUUGCCAGGGCAAUUACUCUCAGAACCCUCGGUAGCAUGGCCUGUAUCAUCCCCGAGAGGAAAAAUGUUCAUCACAGCAUCAUGAGUGGUCUCGAUUCUCAUGAUUCCGUGGAACUAGAAGCUGCUAUCGUAGCAGCCAAAAGAUUCGCUGCACAGUCAAAAACCUUUGCUACCACAGUAUGCCAAAAGGUAUCAGAAAUCAUCAAAGGCAUCGAAAAUCCAAUGGAGAUGAAACUGAAAGUGAUCCCGAUCUUCCAGUACAUGUAUCAUGAUGCCCAGACAGCCACCCUGGUCCGUGACCUCUGCAUACAAUCUCUGCCAUCUUAUCCAGCUUGUAACUUUGUCUUGACAACCCUUCAUACCCUGUCCGAACUUUCGGCCAAGUCACUUAUCAGUAUACCACAUCAGGUGAAACUCCUUCUAAACUACCUUGAGCAUGAUCCCAGACGAGCAGUCAAGGUUCAAGUGCUUCAAGAUCUGAAGAUGUUAGCCAAGGAAGGGGCACAUUUAUGGAAUAAGGAAGAUAUCGAGGCAUUAUGUCAGUUUACUACAAGUACAUCUUAUGAUGGAUUGAAGAUGGGUGCUCUACAUGUUUUGACGACUCUGUCUAAGACUGUUGCCAAUAGCAAAUUUGAUUCAUCUCCAGGUUCACCAGCACUGACUGUGUGUCAACACUGCAACACCAGCAACACCCUUCUUGCCUCCAAAGCAGCAGAACUUCUCACAGAUAUGGCUGUUUACAACGUCAAGUCACAGAAACCAAACCGAGGAUCCUUGUGUGAUGAUGCUGCCAGUGCUUUGGAUGCCCUGGCUAUUUUGUCAGGAUCUGAGAGUACUGAACACAGCAAGGAAUCACUUCAGAUUUGCCUAAAGUCAGUGGUAAAGUUGUGUUCAGUAUGUCCAGCUUUGAGUCGUAACUUCAUCAGCACUAUUACUGGUGUGCUGCACAUCACAUCAGGCAAGAAAGCUCUGUACUUAGCGGAGAGUUUGGCAGCGAUUGGAAGCAGGCAGAAAGAUGUGCUAGAUAGUUCCAUGGCUGAUGUCGUCACAUUGCUGAAAGAGUUGGGGGAACCAGAGGAUAUGGAUGGAGAAAUGUUAGGGGUUCUUUUGAUUACCACCCUCUUUCAAGCAUUCACCAAGAGCAACGUACCAGAAGAAGUGUGCGAUCUCAUUGGGAACUUUGUCGACGAUACCAGCUACUGGAUUGCAUACCGAAUCAUACGUCAAGCCCUCCGAUACGGACAUCACCAGGUUGCGACACAGUUGUGCAGGGAUACAAUGACAAAGGUUUCAACUGAACAUUUCUUCUUCUGGGUUGGUGCGUUAGAGAGUUUUAGUUCAGCGGAAAACUACCUGAGUGAUCUUGAAUAUAGCGGUCACAUGAGUCCUAUAGACACCAUCAACCAAGCAACUGUUAAUUAUUAUAAAGGCAUCUCAAGCUUGACGGCUGCUACGACACCAACAUAUCCACUGACAUUCCAAAUUGAAUACACAAGAAUGCGAGUGGAGACUCUCACUGCCUAUGUCCAGCUGAUCAAUGCCUGUACCUGUUUCCGAACGAACCCACCCCCUGCCAUAGCUACGACCUUUGCAAUGUCAACUGGUCAAGAACAACACAAGUGUGGACGAGGGGCUCAACAGCUUCAAAGAAGUGUUGAGCAGUUCUCCAAUCUGGUGACCCAGUACAGUACAUUGUAUGAGCAGUCAUUUGACGCUGACCCUGCCAGCCUUGAUAAUGUUCAGCUACUACAACAAUCAUGUCAGCUCAUUGUCUAUAUCAUCGAAACGGUCCUCAAUAAAAAGUCGGUUAGUGACAUCGUUGAUCAAGAAGUUGCCGGCCACCUGACUGCCAGCCUUGAAGGCCAGGGCCUGACGGAUGCAUUUAGGAACCUCCUUGGCCAGCUCAGGCAAAUCUGUUUAUCAACAGACAGCUCUGUAAUUUCAUACAAGCACAUUGAUUUCCUAAUGAAAGCAUGUAUCAAACUGGCCAGUGUUCCACUCUGCAUGCCACGGUACUUCUUCCAGACUUUACAAUCAACCACUAUUAAGCUUGCAAUAUCCCCCCAGCCUCGUAAUCCAAAUGACCCCAUCUCUAUCCAGGCUGAUACACAUUUGACCUUGAAAGUUGAAGGGGUCAUUCAGCACGGUGAUAGACCUGGGCUGUUCCGUAAAAUCCACAAGGUCAAAAUCGAGGUUAGCUCAUCAUUACAGAGCAGAAGCCAAACAGCACAAGAUGUCAAGCCCAUUGAAAAUCCACCCAAUGAGAUGAGUUAUACAAGUGAACCACACAACGACUACUUCAGCUCCGAGUUCCUGCUUUCCUUCCCAGUUCUCGGACUCCACAUGAUCUAUAUCGAGGCAUCCAUUAUUGACGAGAAUGGAUUACUUUGGAAGACGGGACCUCGGACAACGCUCAUGAUCAAAUCUUGGGAUGAUAACCUGCAGAAACAACAGUUGCAGGCGGCACAGUUAGCAAGACAGCAACAGUCUCGGCUGGCUCAUGUUUGAAGUGGUCUUGUUGAAACUGGAUAGGACUAUUUUCGUAAUACGUAGCUGUACUGUCGUGAGCUCAUACACAGAUGGAACCCAGGAACAUUGGUUCAAUGACUGUUUUAGCCAAGCAAUCAAGAAACUAUUGAAUUGAUCAAGCUGUUCCCUACAGUCCAUGUUGAUCAGAAUCAUGAAUAUAUCUGCCGGAUUCCUGACGUACAGAAAAAUGAAAUAAAAUGAUGAUAUCAGUCAA